AUGCAGCCCCAUUCACAGAACAGCACUAAGCGGCUUGUCGCCAUAGCCGCCUUGGCUCUUCUGCCCAGCAUCGCGACCGCCGUGUGUACGACAUUCAAAGCGUCCAAGACGGAUCAAGAAAAUGGCCUCAAAUACGAGGCCGGCUCGCUUAUCACGGUGGAAAGAACGCCCUGCCCCGAAGGCACAAGCGCCGGUUGCACCGUCCCGGCUCCGAAGGUGUACAACGUCACUGCCAGGCGCGAGAUCUGGCGCGUCGACGAUCUGCUCGGCCUUCACUAUCACCUGCCGACGGAAGAGCAGGACGCGAUAUUCAAGCUGGCCUCCGACGCCUACUACAACGAGCGCGACUGGUACACGGAGAAGGACCGUGAGCUGUGGGUCUCCAUCAGCUCCCAGGCCAACAGCAGCGAACUAGUCGAGAAGCGUUCGCGUCUGCUCCAUGUAGAACCGGGCAAGGAGACGCAGCUGCAGUACAAAUGGUUCCGAAGCAUGGCGUGGGGUGUCCUGGGCGGCUGCACCAACGCCUCGCUGGAGAACGUCCAGGUCCAGGUCACCGCACCGUUCAUGCGCAGCUACAUACCGGAUCAGCUUCCCGGCCUGUGGACCUCGACGACGGACAAGAUCGGCCAGAAGAGCGAGACGAAGAGGUGCGAUGUCGGAUUCCAGACCUUUGAUCAGACCGGUGGCCAGCCUGGGGACGAGUGCAAGCCGGGUGGCGGAGACAGCUCUGACAAAGGCAAAUCCACGGAGCAGAAGGACAAUCCUCGGAAGCCGAGUGGCGCACAGGGACGGGCGACGCUGCCUAGCUUGACGGGGUCAUUGUUGGCACUGGGGUUGGCAUUAGUCACGGCCGUCUUUUGA